AUGGCACUGUCACCCAACUCCUCAACCCAGGUGACUGAGUUCCUGAUGCUCUGUCUCCCUGGGAUGCAGGAUGUGCAGCACUGGCUGUCUGUACCUUUGACCCCACUGCUGGUGCUGGCCUUGGGAGCCAAUAUGGUGCUGUUGCUGACUAUCCAUCAAGAGGCUUCUCUGCAUAAACCAAUGUACUACCUGCUGGUCAUUCUGUCCCUGCUAGAUAUCAUACUCUGCCUCACUGUCGUCCCCAAGGUCCUACUUAUCUUCUGGUUCAACAUGAAGCCCAUUAGCUUCACAGGCUGUUUCCUACAAAUGUUCAUGAUGAAUACCUUUCUACCCAUGGAAUCUUCUACCCUAGUUGUCAUGGCAUAUGACCGCUAUGUUGCUAUUUGUCAACCUCUGCACUACCCAUCCAUCAUCACUGAGCAGUUUGUGGUCAAAGCUGCCAUAUUUAUCAUCUUAAGAAAUUUAUUGGUUACACUGCCCACCCCAAUCCUAGCUGCCCAGCAGGACUACUGUGCAGGGAAUGUAAUAGAAAAUUGCAUUUGUGCCAACAUCUCUGUUGUUCUACUGUCUUGUGGGGAUAUCCAUCUUAACAAACUCUACCAGUUUGUGAGCGUCUGGUGCCUGAUGGGCUCUGACCUGGUGCUAACUCUCUUCUCUUACUGCUUCAUCCUGAAGGCUGUACUGAAGUUACAAUCUGUGGCAGUGGCCACAAAGGCCCUGAGCACUUGUGGCUCCCACUUCAUCCUUAUCUUCUUCUUCUACACAUUGCUUGUGGUUCUGGUCAUUGCUAAUGUGGCCAGAAAGCAAAUCCCUCUAGAUGUCCCCAUCUUUCUCAAUGUUCUGCACCACCUCAUCCCACCAGCCAUCAACCCCAUUGUCUAUGGAGUUCGAACUCAGGAAAUCAAGCAUGGUAUUUUGAAAUUAUUGAAAGUUAAGAAGUGA